CUCGACACGAGCUCUUCCAACUCCUUUUAACACCUCAAAUCAUUAUACAUCCGAGUUUUAGAAAGUGACAAGUCUACCCGUUUUCUUCUACAAUUGGCAUUACUAGUCUUCGCGCUUUAAGAGACCUGCGUUAUUCCUACACUUUGUCGUCUUAGAUCGUCACAUAAGUACCUUGAUCAAUCCCUUCAUCAUGACAAUGCUCAAAGGCUUCGUAUCAAUUGGUCAAUUGGGCCACAACGCCACCAGAAACGCCCGACGAGUCCAAUUCCAGCCAGCCUUUCAGGCACCCGUCACUGCUGUGAAACAGAGGAGAGCUUUUCGCUCGCUUGAAGGCUUGCGGGCAUCCGAAGAGCAGCCAAGAAUGCAUAACAGAAACGAACUAGAUCCCCAGAGAUCGGAGGGCACAAAGACCGGUACCGACAACGAAGUCGCAACCCACCACGCGGCCUACGAUCCAAACACCACUUCCCCGGAGGGCGAAAUCAAUCAAGCUGAGAAGGAAAGCGAACAGGGAGGCAAAGUCAGCAAUCCCUUGGACGUAAGUGCUGCGAACAAAGAUGUCAGUGAAGCACGUGAUCCGCAAGAAGGAGGGCCGGACCACAAUGCGGAGAAGGAACCGAGUGGGAGAGGAUCGCCGAGGAAGGGAAGAGAGGUGCACGUCGGAGGUAAAAAAUAAGUGCAGUCGUAGGUUGAGGUAACUCAAGGCGCAAGGCGUGGCUGCCAGACUUGGCAUGAAUAUACAUUUGAUCUUGUCACAUAGGAUUCGAGAGCAAUUCUCUUACAGAACGCAAAGAACAUCUAAGAGCAGAUACCUUUUUGCAAUUGUCAGGUCACCAAUACGAUACAAGAAU